CAGCCAACUUUUUUUACAAUUUUAUUAAUUGCACAUCAUUACUUGAAAUUGGAAUGACGAAAUCUACUGUGAUGUUCAAUAGCAUAUACCAAGUAAUGUGGUUUCUGAGUUAUUUAGAUGUUAAACGUAUUUUUGUAAAAAUUCCACGUAACCCAUAUACUGUAGUUGAUGAAGUUUAUUUGGUUAAGUAUUUUAUAGAUUCCAUUCAGAUAAAAGAUCAGACGUGUCUAGCAAGCAAUCAAGAUGAAUAUAAUCAAUCCAAAAUCAACGAAGCGCUACUAGUAAUUUCUAAAACAAAAGAACUUAUUAAGAAUGUGACAGAAAGAGCAAUUUCUGUUUUAAAUGAUAUUAGUACAGUAUUUAUUAUACCUCAGCGACCAGAUUUAAAGUAUAAAUACAAAGAGGAAUAUUUAUCCCAAAAAUGUAUUGAAAAUGAUUUCUUUUUUUUCGUAUUAAAAGGUCUAAAUUUAUUUUAUUCAAACACAAAGGAAAAUUAUUACGAUAAUUUCAACUUCGACAUAUUACUGAACCCUAAUGCACAUAAUAUGCAACAUCUGUUACAUCCACAAGAAUAUUUAGUACAACCAUUUACUGAAAUAACAACUUUAAAAAUUCUUGUCGAAAAUGGAGAAUGGAAAACUGUCGAUCACAUAUCAAUUAUUCAUCAUGGUCAAGUUAUAAGUGCAAAUCGCAUAGUAAGAGAUCCAGUUAGUGUACAUGGUUUUAAUCUCAAAAAACAAUACAUAAUACAAUUAUUGAAUUGCAAGUUCUUUGAAAUAUUUUCAAAUUAUAUUUGGUAUUUAACUCCAAUUGUACAGUUUUGUCAUAAUGAAAAAUUAAAAUUGACUGAAUUUUCUGAAUUAAAUAUAUUAACAUACAUGAAUUCCAUAAAAAACUUAUUUGAAACAAUUAAAAGCAUAGAAUAUUUUUUCACUAAAAUAUUUUCGGUAGUCAAAAAAUUAAAAGAAGCAUCAAUUUGGGAAGUUAAUAGUGCUCAUAUCUCAUUAUCAUUCAUAGAAAAGUUAUUAAAUCUUAUUAUAAAAACGUUUAAUGAUAAUUAUUUGUAUGAAGAAUUAUUUAAAAAUAGAUUACAAACAUUUCACAUUACUAGUGUAGAUCUGUAUCUAAAAAAUAUGUUAAAACAAAGAUUAAUUUUAUAUAGGCAAUUAUAUUAUAAAUGGAGAGGUCAAAAACGCUGUAAAUUUAUUGGGAAAUCUAGUCCAUUUAUUGGUAUUCUAGAAGAAACUGCCGAGGAAAAUGAUUAUUUUAAGACAAUUGAUACAAUAGCCGAUUAUAAAAAUGCGUGCAUGGAAUUAUCCACAUUUUGUAAAAACUUCAUUGACUUUGAUUUUAAAGAUAUGGGAUGGGACAAAAUCUUUUGAAAACGAAUUAUGUUAUUUAUUAAUUUCUUAAAAUGUAUUAGUUAUUGUCAUUUAUAUUAAGAAAAUGCAAUUGUAUUAUUUUAAAAAUCUAAUU